CAGGAUCGAUCGGAGCGCGGCCGCCGGCCGGCCGGCGUUCGUCGUCGGAGUUGGCGUCCAUGGAGAGCACCGCGGGGCCGAGGAAGAGGCAGCAGGCCACGUCGUCGGCCUCUGGAUCCGUGGCCCCGCACUUGCCCGAGGAGCUCGUCCGGAACAUCCUCCUCUACCUGCCUUCCAGGUCCGUCCACCGCUGCCGCGCCGUUUGCAAGGUCUGGCUCCAGAUCGUCUCCGACCCCGAGUUCGCCGUCGACCACCACCGCCUCCAGCCCACGGUGCCUCUCAUCUGCUUCCUCCGCGGCGGCGCCCCCGCCGGUACCAAGGCGGAGACGGAGACGGAGACGACGACGGGCCCCGUGGACGUGGACUGCUGCGUCGACGCCUUCGACCUCGGCGCCGGCGGCAGUUUCCGUCCCGUCGUCCGCUUCACCGACAAGGAGGAGCGGUGCCGUGGCGGCUUCCACAUCCACGGCUCCUGCGACGGCCUCCUCCUCCUCAGCUUCGAGGACCGCUUCUACGUCUGCAACCCGGCGACGCACCAGUGGACGCGCCUCUCGACGCCGCUCCGCGCCUCGUGGUUCGCCGGCUUCUACCGCCACGACCCUACCGGAGAGUACCGUGCCAUGUUCUACCGGGGCCGGUGGCCCAGCGAGCACGAGGACUACUACAUCAUGGUGCCGGACUCCAGGAGAGGGAGGGGAAUCGGGCUGCCGGCGGAGAGAGACGGGUACAAGUUCAGGGGACAGCCGUAUGGCCCGCCGGUGCUGCGCCGCGGCCACCUCCACUGGAUGCCGCGGCAGACGGAAGCAGGCUACGGGAUACUGGCGUUCAACACGACCACCGAGGCGCUCACCGUCAUGUGCCCUCCUGUGGUUCGGGAGCACAUGUCGCUGGCUGAGGUGGGCGGCGAGCUCGCCAUGGUCAGUUGCGGCAACAACAAUGACACAAUGGUCGAGCUCUGGCUUCUCAAGGACUACGAGAAAGAGAUCUGGGUCUGCAAGCACCGGAUCCGGCUGCCGGCGGCGGUGAAGAUGAGCACCUUCACGUUCGAUGAGUCCUGGCGUAUGUUCUUCAUGUCAGAAGAGGGAGUUGUGGUAGUCACCCCAGAGCAGAAGCUGGUGCACUAUGACAUGAAUGGGACACUGCUGGAAACCUUCCCUUGCGAUAAUGGCCGCCAUCUCAAGAUUGCUCCGUAUACCUUCAAGGAAAGCCUCGUUCGACAUGAAUUCUUUGAGGCACAGGAUUGCAAUGCCGGUGAUCAUGAAGAUGAACCAGAACUACAACCGCCAUUCUUCCAGGGGCUGUAGGCUCUGUGGUGACCUCCUGUGGACCUUGGUUGGAGUUGAUCGAUCAGCAGUUCAUGCUUCAGAGUUCCCAUAUUACAAUUUACAGCCUCGAUCACUAGACGAAGUGAGAGUAAGCUAGCUUUUCUUCUGCAUCCCUUUUAUGUUCAUCAGUAAUGUCACUAUGUUUGUCUCCUCGAUGGGAGGCGGCAUUGUGCAAACAGAUUCGCAUCUCUUAUUAGUUCGAUGUUCCAAAACUAUUUCUGUUGAAGUUUUUGAGUAUUCCUGAACAUUUGUUAAUGUAAAAGGCUGAGUUUAUGCUUCUUGGAAUAAUGCAAUAUAAUGUACUUUCUGGACAUGGUGGCGGCUGUUCGAUUUAUUUUCAACUAUUCUACUA